AUGGCGCGCCUUCACCUAGUUCUCAUCCUCCUCGUUGCCGUCUCCGCCGUGAUUGUAUCAGCCGUUGAUAAACCAUCGACGACAACUGCCGAAGCUCCUGCUUCCUCAACUCCAACAGAAGGAGGUGGAGGUGUGUCAGAGGGCCCACCAGACGCCAUUGGAACAACUGACGAUGAUGCACCUGAUACUCCUGAAGAUGAUGACGUGGCAGUCGCCGGUCCCAUCGGAAGCGAUUCUUCCUAUGCAAAUUACCCGCCAGAGCCGCCUCAACAGGAUUCAGGAAGUAGCGGCUUACCAGCGGCGCUUGGCUUUGCUUCUGUCGCUGCUGCAACGGUUGGAUCGCUCUUCUUUUUCUGA